CCCCGAAGCUGGUUCCUUCGUCCCUCUUACCAUCCUCCCUCACGAUGAAAUCGCCAUCACAGAGCUGCAGAUAACAUACUCUCCAUCUCCGUACCGCUCCAACGCACGGUACCGCGACAGUCCUGUCGCACAACGCUCAAUCCCCCGCCGGGAUGCCUCAAUACGGUUGAAGCUGAUCCAUUGAUAACUUUAUCGUGAUACUUGACCGUGAUACGAAUACAUACGCAGUACUUCUAUCGCGAUAACUCGAACCCGUGAUAUCCCACAGCAUUCAUUCACAGCUUUCUCCGUCAACUCUUCCCAAAUCAAACACGAUGAGGGACGCAAAUCUGCACCGCGCCCGUCUGGUUUCCAGCGUGGCCGCCGUCAUGAUUUCGCUGGCAUGCGGCACCAACUAUGUCUACUCGGCCUGGGCGCCCCAAUUCGCUGACAAGCUGCACCUCACCACUACCCAAAUCAACCUCAUCGGCCUAGCCGGCAACAUGGGCAUGUACUCCCUGGGUGUCCCCGUCGGCCUGUUCGUCGACCACCGCGGUCCCCGCCCUGCCGUUAUCGCUGGCGCCCUGUGCCUCGGCAUCGGUUACGUUCCCUUCCGCGCGGCCUGGGAGACCGCAUCCGGCUCCGUACCGGCUCUAUGCGUUUUUGCCUUCAUGACCGGUCUGGGAGGUUGCAUGGCAUUUGCUGCCGCCGUCAAGACGUCCGCCCUGAACUGGCCGCACCAUCGAGGCACCGCAACCGCUUUCCCCCUGGCCGCCUUCGGCCUCAGCGCCUUCUUCUUCUCCCUCUGCGGUGGCAUCUUAUUCCCCGGGGACACCAGCGCCUUCCUCACGCUCCUAGCUGCGGGCACCUUCACUCUGAUCUUUGUUGGUUUCUUCUUCCUCAAGGUUUACCCGCACACCUCCUACCAGAGCCUCCCGAGCACCUCUGGCUUGUCCGACUCGCAGCAGUUGCACCGCACGCCUUCUGAGGAGGCCAAAGCCGCACGUCGCCAUCACGGCAGGAAACGUUCCCUCGACGCAGACCCUGGUACGUCGCCCACCACCUACACGACUCCCGUCGCCACGGCCGGAUCCUCCCAGGAAUCCCUCGCUCCCGCGCGCGACCCGGUUGACGUCGAGGCGGCCCUCCCUCAACCUCCCGACGGCCGGUCUCAGGGGGAUGACGUGGACGAGACGUCAUCCCUCAUGUCCAAGUCGUCGACAUCGUCGGUGGCCGGCGAGGUCCUUGUCCAGAACAGUGUUGAUUUAGAUCGCUCCCGUCGUGUAGAUAUCCGUGGCUGGCGCCUGAUGCGCAGCAUCGACUUCUGGCAGCUGUUUACCAUCAUGGGCAUUCUGGCGGGCAUUGGCCUGAUGACCAUCAACAAUAUCGGCCAAGACGUCAAGGCGCUCUGGAAGCUCUACGACGACUCGGUCGACGAGGCCUUCCUCGUCCAUCGUCAGCAGAUGCACGUCUCCAUUCUGUCGGUUGGCAGUUUCUGUGGCAGACUGCUCAGCGGCGUUGGAUCCGAUUUCCUGGUCAAGUCUCUCCACGCCAACCGCGCAUGGUGCCUCGUCAUUGCCUGCUUCGUGUUCUGCAUUGCCCAGGUCUGCGCCAUCAACGUCUCGAACCCGAACUUCCUGGGCUUCGUCUCGGGCCUCUCGGGUCUGGGCUACGGCUUCUUAUUUGGCGUAUUCCCCUCCAUCGUCGCCGAGUCGUUCGGCAUCCACGGUUUGAGCCAGAACUGGGGGUUCAUGACGCUGAGCCCCGUCAUCUCGGGCAACAUCUUCAACCUAUUCUACGGCAUCGUCUUCGAUAGCCACAGCGUGAUCGGGCCGGACGGCGAGCGGUAUUGUCCCAAUGGAGUGGAGUGCUACAGGAAUGCGUACCUUGUCACCCUAGCCGCGUGCGGGGUGGGCAUUGUUGUGACGCUUAUGACCAUUCGGCGUCAGCACCAGGAACGGAUGAAGGAGGAAGGCAAGGGGGCUGCUGAGGAUUAGAUUCCUCGCCGGCGAGACAAAAUCCUCAGGUGGCGCUUGAAGCUGUAUCAAGGAUCCUUCAAUGAAGUUAGAAUAUGUUUGGGCGGGUCUACACAGGAGGGGACUAGAUUUCAUUUCAUGGAGCGAUAGAUGGAAGGCCGGCUGGGCAGCGGCUUUGGGCACAUGAUGGUAUUGUAGCAGCAUUGGCGUUUGGAGCACUUAGACGAGGCCGGGCGACAAGCACCACUAGAGUUUGGGAUUCGGCAGUGGUGAUACAAGGAAAUCGGGACAAGGUAUCAAAUAUUCGAGCUACCUAAUACUUGAUAUAGACCAUUCGAAUCUCAA